CAGUCUCCGGGCCACCGGGCCAAGCUGGACAUGGCCUCGGCCACUGUGGCAGCAGCCAGACGGGGCCUCGGCCGCGCCCCCCCCCUCCUCCUCCGGCGCGGCUACCAGACCGAGCGGGGAGUCUAUGGCUACCGGCCGAGGAAGCCCGCGAACCGGGAGCCUCGGGGCUGCCUGGCGCGGCCCUCAGUUGAUCAUGGCCUGGCCAGGUUGGUGACAGCGUAUUGCGAGCAUGGGCAUAAAGCUGCCAAGAUCAAUCCCCUCUUCACCGGACAAGCCCUGCUGGAGAGCGUGCCUGAAAUCCAAGCGCUGGUGCAGAGGCUGCAGGGACCCUUCCACACCGCAGGAUUAUUGGACAUGGGGAAAGAGGAGGCCUCGCUUGAGGAAGUGUUAGCCUAUCUCAACCAAAUCUACUGUGGGCAGAUCUCCAUAGAAACUUCCCAACUUCAGAGCCAGGAGGAGAAAGACUGGUUUGCCAAGCGGUUUGAGGAACUGAAAAAGGAGACAUUUACCACAGAAGAGCAAAAACAUCUGUCAAAACUAAUGCUAGAAUCUCAGGCGUUUGACCACUUUUUGGCCACCAAGUUUGCCACGGUCAAGCGAUACGGGGGUGAAGGCGCUGAAAGCAUGAUGGGCUUUUUCCAUGAGCUGCUGAAGAUGUCAGCCUAUGGUGGGAUCACCGACGUCAUCAUCGGGAUGCCCCACCGAGGGAGGCUGAACUUACUGACGGGCCUUUUGCAGUUCCCUCCAGAGCUGAUGUUUCGCAAAAUGCGAGGCUUGAGUGAAUUUCCAGAGAAUUUUGCAGCCACUGGAGAUGUUCUGUCUCACCUGACCUCCUCCGUGGACCUGGACUUUGGGGCGCACCACCCCCUCCACGUGACAAUGCUGCCUAAUCCCUCGCACCUGGAAGCUGUCAACCCUGUGGCUGUCGGGAAAACUCGUGGCAGGCAGCAGUCACGACAAGACGGGGACUACUCUCCAGAAAGCUCAGCGCAGCCUGGGGACAGAGUCAUUUGCUUACAGGUUCAUGGGGAUGCUUCUUUCUGUGGUCAAGGGAUUGUUCCUGAAACAUUCACGCUCUCCAACCUCCCACAUUUCAGAAUUGGGGGGAGUAUCCAUUUGAUUGUCAAUAACCAGCUGGGUUACACCACUCCGGCAGAAAGAGGAAGGUCUUCUUUAUACUGCAGUGACAUUGGGAAGCUUGUGGGCUGUGCCAUCAUCCAUGUCAACGGAGACAGCCCAGAGGAAGUGAUCCGUGCCACACGACUGGCUUUUGAAUACCAGCGCCAAUUCCGCAAGGAUGUGAUCACUGAUUUGCUGUGCUACAGGCAGUGGGGCCACAACGAGCUGGACGAGCCUUUCUUCACCAACCCGGUCAUGUACAAAAUCAUCAGAGCCCGAAAGAGCAUCCCAGACACAUAUGCGGAGCACCUGAUCGCCGGCGGACUCAUGACUCAAGAGGAGGUAUCUGAAAUCAAAUCUUCCUACUACGCCAAGUUAAACGGCCACCUGAACAACAUGGCCCACUACAGCCCUCCGGCCUCCAACCUUCAGGCCCACUGGCAGGGCCUGGCUCAGCCGGAAGCUCGAGUCACCACCUGGAGCACAGGUGUGCCCCUGGAACUCCUGCGGUUCGUUGGCGUGAAGUCUGUGGAGGUGCCCGGGGGACUCCAGAUGCACAGUCACCUCCUGAAGAUGUAUGUGCAGUCCAGAAUGGAGAAGGUGAUGGACGGAACGAAGCUAGACUGGGCCACGGCGGAGGCCCUUGCUCUGGGCUCCUUACUCGCUCAAGGUUUUAAUGUCCGUCUGAGUGGCCAAGAUGUUGGUCGUGGAACUUUUAGCCAAAGGCAUGCAAUGGUGGUCUGCCAGGAGACCGAUGACACCUAUAUCCCCUUGAACCAUAUGGAUCCUAAUCAGAAGGGGUUUCUGGAGGUCAGCAACAGCCCGUUGUCAGAAGAGGCCGUCCUGGGAUUUGAAUACGGGAUGAGUAUAGAGAGUCCAAAGUUACUGCCCAUCUGGGAGGCGCAGUUUGGCGAUUUCUUCAAUGGCGCCCAGAUCAUCUUGGACACAUUCAUCUCGGGAGGAGAGGCCAAGUGGCGCUUACAGAGUGGCAUUGUCAUCCUGCUUCCGCACGGCUACGACGGGGCUGGGCCCGAUCACUCAUCCUGUCGAAUGGAACGCUUCCUGCAGAUGUGUGACAGCGUUGAAGAGGGCGUGGAUGGAGAUACUGUGAACAUGUUCGUGGUUCACCCCACCACUCCUGCACAAUAUUUCCACUUGCUUAGAAGACAAAUGGUCCGGAACUUCAGAAAGCCCCUCAUCGUCGCCUCUCCCAAGAUGCUACUCCGGUUCCCGGCAGCCGUGUCAACUCUUCAAGAAAUGGCUCCAGGAACAACAUUCAAACCGGUCAUUGGUGAUUCAUCUGUGGAUCCAAAAAAUGUUAAGACCCUCGUGUUCUGCUCCGGCAAACAUUUUUACGCCCUGAUGAAGCAACGAGAUACUCUGGGGACCAAGAAGCAAGACGUCGCUGUCAUCCGAAUAGAGGAGCUCUGCCCUUUCCCGCUGGACUCCUUACAACAAGAGAUGGGCAAAUACACACACGUGAGAGAUUUUAUCUGGAGCCAGGAGGAACCUCAGAACAUGGGUCCAUGGUCUUUUGUCUCUCCAAGGUUUGAAAAGCAACUGGCCUGCAAGCUCCGUCUUGUGAGCCGGCCCUCUUUGCCUGUACCAGCUGUGGGAAUUGGCACAGUUCACCUGCAGCAGCACGAAGAUGUCCUCACCAAGACCUUCGCUUGA